AUGCCACGAAUCCCAUACCGAUACCCGGCGUCAGGCGCUGACCCCAUUGCAGAUGCCAUUCGAGAACGACGAGGCGCUCGAGGACUCACGCCGCUUGAUGGGUCGCUGCUCAACGCGCCUGCGAUCGCAAACGGCUGGAACACGCUACUGGGAGCGACCAGGACCAAGAACUCGAUCCCCGACGAUGUGCGAGAGAUGAUGAUCCUCCGCGUUGCCGCGCACAAUUCGGCCAACUUUGAAUGGAUCCAGCACGCACCUGUCGCCGAACAGGCAGGGUGCACCACCGCGCAGCUCGCCGCAGUACGCGACGUUAGAGCUUCGCUUUCGUCCUCCAAGGUGCUCAGUCCGCUGGCAAAAGCAGCUCUGGCGCUCGCCGACGACAUGACCACCAAAGUCCGCGUGCAAGAUUCGACCUUUGCAUCGCUCAAAUCUGCGUUCACCGAUAACGUCAAGGAGCUCGGAGACAAGGGCAGGGUGGACGGAUUCGAAGGCGAGGAUCUCGUCAAUCGCAAAGUCGCAGAGGCCACGCUCACCGUCGCAGUAUACAACAUGGUCUCUCGCUUCCUCGUCGCCAUUGACGUUGAUGACCGCGCCAACGUUCCAGUCCCCAAGCCCGAAGGCAGCGAGCACGUCCAGGAUCCAGUUUCGGUCACACUUCCGUCGACCGGCCCUAGCUCGUCGGCAGGGAGAGGACUCGUACAGCUCCCAGACGGACAGCUGCUCGGUACGCGCGUCUACUUCCACAGCAUGACGGCUCCGUGGAUUGUGUUGAUCAACUCGCUGAUGACCGAUCUGACCAUGUGGGAUGCCGUCAUCCCAGCGUUCUCUUCGCGCUUCAACAUCUUGUCGUACGACCAGAGAGGGCACGGUAGCUCGGCAGUUCCUGCUGAACCAUGCACAAUCGCCCAGCUAUCGGACGACGUGGCCUUCCUGCUCGACAGCCUGGCCGUGAGAAAGGCGUAUGCAGUGAUCGGCGUCUCUCAGGGUGGUGCCACGGCGCUGUCGUUUGCGCUUCGACACCCUGAUCGAUACGAGAGGUUGAUCGCAUGCGACACACAGCCAAGCACACCUGCCGCCAAUGUAGCUGCUUGGGACGAGCGCAUCGCACUUGCCAGGAGCAAGGGCAUGGGCGAGCUGGCGGCGGCGACUGUGCCGCGAUGGUAUGGAUCCGGCUCGCAAGCAAGCGCCGAGUGCAGGACGAGGACCGAAGAGAUGAUCAAGACGACGCAGGUGGAAGGCUUCGCUGCCGGCGCGCAUGCUUUGCAGAACUACGAUCUCGUCAAGGACGGCAUCGUCGAAGCGUUCAGCAAAGCUUCAUCGAGCCGUCACCUGCUGCUCGCUGGUGAAGCAGAUGGCAAGCUGCCCGAGACUCUCCAGGCGUUCACCAACAAGCUCAGCGAGGCGGGCGCAACAGCAGAAUUCGUCGGCAUCCCCAACGCUGGACACCUUCCCAUGUGCGACAACCCAGACGCCUGGCUAGAGGCCGUUCUCAAGUUCCUUGCAUAG